GAGCCGGGUUCAGCGGGGUGGGUCCCCUUUUUUCCAUCUGGGUGUCCCGAGCAGGCCGAAGAACGGGGCGCUACGUGCGUUUGGCACGUCAGGCCCGCGGUGCCCAGGCUCUUUGCUGGGUGUCCCUGGGGGUGCGUCCUAGGGCUCGAAAUUGUAGGAGCAGGGGUGGUUAGGUUGCUCCUCAGCCGGCCUUGCCUUUUUCAUCUUCCCAGGUUUGGAAGUCGGUGAUGGCAAGUCCCUUUUGUAACCCCUCUGCAAUACUUCAACAGUCAGAUCGAGCGUGAUGUUGUCUCUACCACGUAGUUUCCUGUGACAAUCUACCCCUGUCCUCCCGUUGGUUGUGUGUGUUAGGAAGUUGCACAGCCUCAUUACAGAUCUGCAGAGCUCUGUCUCUGGACCCUAUCCGAGAAACUGACAUCCACACUGUAUACAUUUCAAAGAGAUGAUAUAAUUAAACUGAACAAGAAAGAAGAGAGAAAGCAGUAUUCCCCCAAAAUGAAAAGAGGGCUUCAGCAGAACCAAACUCGACAGUUCAGGACGCCAGGCUCCAAGUGGGGAAUUCAGCAGCAGAAAGGUUAUGGUAAAAAUCGUUUGGGACGCAGAAAGAAGAUAACAGGGAAGAAGCGUUCUUACGGAGUUAUAACUGGCUUGGCAGCCAAGAAAGCAAUGGGUUCACGCAAAGGAAUUAGUCCUCUGAACAGACAGCCACUUAGUGAGAAGAACACACAACGGAAUUACCCCAUUUUGAAAAAGAAAACAAAUCUGCAGAGACAAUCUGAAAUGCAGAGAAAACAAGCCCCAGCCCUCAGGAGGCCUGCCCCUCUAAACAGAAGGAAUAACAUGCCGUCCACUUUUGCCAGAAUUGGAAACAAACUAAAUCAGCAGAAAGACACUCGUCAAGCAACUUUCCUGUUUAGAAGGGGCCUGAAGGUGCAGGCCCAAGUGCAGUCAACAGAUGAUCUUGAUAACCCGACAGUAAAGAGAACUCGUCAAUGGCGGACUUCUACCACGAGUGGAGGGAUUUUGACUGUAUCUAUUGACAACCCAGGAGCAAUCAUAACCCCAGUUUCCCAGAAAUUACGAUUAACUUGUACUCCUGUGCCGCCAUUUCUGAUGAAGAGGGACCAAUCUGAAGAGAAGAAGAUUCCCAAAGGAGUUCCAUUGCAGUUUGAUAUUAAUAGUGUCGGAAAACAGACAGGGAUAACGUUGAACGAACGUUUUGGGAUCCUGAAGGAACAAAGAACAGCACUGUCUCAGAACAAAGGAAGCCGUUUUGUAACAGUGGGCUAACCUGACAGAUGGACUUGAGCACUGAUCCCACCUACCUAAGAAACUGAGAUAAAAGUGGGCAGAAGAAUACAGCAUACGUCUCUGAAAUUCUCCAGUCUUCUCGCUAAGAUGGUGGCAGAGCUAUCUAUCUUUAUUACUUUGACUUUGAAUGGUAAAAGACAUAAUGCCCUGAGGGGGGAAAAGUGGGGAAACUGAUCCGCUGGAGUGGCACCAUCACCUGGUUGGAAAAGAUUCUGUUGCCCAGCUGAUGACAAACGCUGAUCUUUGGUUCAUCUUGCAACCAAAACACAAAUUUUAAAAGGUGUUUUUUGGUUUUUUGGUUUUGUUUUUUUUUUUUGUCUGAGAGUGCUCAGUAUCUGUUCUUUGACCCCUCUGUUAUGGUAAAGAUUGUGUAAGUGUUUCAUUACAAACCCCAUUUUAGGGUUUUUUAGGGACUGCCUAUGAACUUUCCUUUGGACUGCAAUUUGGCACAGAGCCUCAGUCCGUGAAUACUUUGGUAGUGAUGUAGCGGCAUUUUUCAUGGCAGCAUCGGUUGUACUUCUUUGUGCUUUUGAAGUUCAUUUUUUUUUCCUUUCUUGAAAACUAAGUGUUUUGCAUCCUCACUUUCACAAAUAAAGCUGUUAGCUGAGACCCAAAAUAUGUAAUUGGGAUGGAGACUAUUCUACUCUUAUCCUUAAAAGUGGUCCAGAUCAUACUGGAGGAAUACUACCCAGGCAGUACGAGAGUAAUUUAUAUUGCAAAUGGCUCGAGUUCAUCAUCCUCCUCUGUGAAUGGAAUAUGUCUGCCUCCUAUUUUUUCUUAAACUU